UUUCUCCAAUUCUUCAAGGCGUGAACAGUUCGAACAGACAGUGAACAGUUCGAAGAAACGUUCCAACGUCUCUUCGAACUGUUCACUUAAUUGGGACAGUUCUCCUCUGAGAUGCGUAUUUCGUUGGACGACUUGAUAAAACUCGUCUCGUAAUUCCGCUUUAGUCAUAUCGGCGGCUUCUUUGUCGGUAAUUUCCUCUUCGUGAGUAUCGGUGGUCGUAUUUUGCGGAUUUUCCACCGUUGAUUUUUCCGUUGCUGGUUCGUCCAGCUCUUUUUCCGGUUUAUCUACUUCGCCGAUCGUCGGCAUUUCAUUUUGAACAUUUUUAAUUAUGUCCUUCAGAUUAUCUUCGUUCGCUUUGAUCAUGGUCGCAUCGAGUUGAUCUACAUUCCAGGGAGAAUCCCCUCGCUCGUUAUCGCUACCGUCUCCUAACUGAAAUUUCGAUGGAAUAUCCAUACUAUCGGUUGGGUGCUUUUGUCCUUGGAAAAUUCGCCUCGCAGUCGUCUGCGAUAAUGUGUCGUCGUCACUGGACGAUUGCUCAUCAUUAUCGUCAUUCUUCGAUUUUUUAGCAGCUCCCAAUUUCUUUGUCUGCUGGCGCGUCGUAGCGCCAGUAGCAGUUGACGGUUGACGAGGAUUUGGUCGAUCAGCGUACAUAAACAUGGUUUCCUCCAUGUUAUCGCGUGUUCCGAACGGGAAAAUGCUUUUCAAUCCGUUAAAAAUUCCGUAUUUCCCAGACAUCGUAUUUUGUAAUUUACAGUGUACAAGAAUUUUAAUUACAGGUCAAUGCACAGGCAGAAAGGCACGGCUUUAUUGCAGUAGCAAUAUUUUUUGUAUGCGGAUAUAUCCGCUUCUUUUGUUUUCGUGCUAGGCUGAUAAUAAUCUAGCUACUGUGCACUUACCACAGACAGACAGAAAACAGCUAUCAAAAUUCCAGGCACGUAACCAGGAAAUUCUAUCGUAGAAUUUAUCUGAAAAGGUACGGCGCGCAUACACGGUUCACUGUUGUCCCUAUGACACAGUGUGUUUCGUACACAGAGAUGUCAGGCGUCCAGCAGCGUUAUUCCGUGAACUGUCGCGUCCGUCUCUUCUGGAGUUGAUUCCUCCCUUUCCACUGCUCGUCAGUGAAGAAUUAAUGGUGCCCAAAUAUCCGCAGGGAUUUUGAAAUAUGGAUCCGUCCGAUCAAGGAUGGGAUCCCAAGAAAUGGGUCCACCAGUCGAAACCCAUGACGCCCGCGAUGGGAGCAGUGUCACAGUUGUGAUCAAUGGAAAAAAAUACAACGUACCAACAACGUAUUCCGACGUCUCCCUGAAUGAUUACUUGCGGGAUCACCUCGGGCUAACUGGAACCAAGGUCAUGUGCAGAGAAGGAGGAUGCGGAGUGUGCAUUGUACAUGCCGCAUAUCCCGAUCCCGCCGACAGCGGACAAAUUGUGCAGCGCUCAAUUAAUUCCUGCCUGUGUCCCAUUCUAUCUUGCGAUGGUUGGGAAAUCACCACAGCUGAGGGCAUCGGAGAUCAAAAUAAGCCUCAUGUUAUUCAAUCGCGCCUCACGGAACAUUAUGGAACACAGUGUGGCUACUGUACAUCCGGUUGGGUUAUGACUAUGUACAGCCUUGUACAGAAUGCGCCGGAAGGCCAGUUAACGAAACAGCUGGUUGAAAAUGGUUUUGAUGGAAAUAUAUGCCGUUGCACCGGUUAUCGUCCCAUUUUGGAUGCCUUCAAAUCUUUUGCAAAGUCUGACUGUGACGAAGACACCAAAAACUGUUUGGAUAUUGAAGAUCAUAGAACACCACCUUGCGUAAAAUCGCGCCAUUGCCCCGGACGCUGCGGUAACGGUCAACAAUCCCAGCUAGAGGCUUGUUCUUUACCGAAGACCAUAACGGAAAAUGCUUUCCCAUGGUAUAAACCGACCUCACUCAACGAAGCUUACCAGCUUAUUAAAACGAACCCGGGAACGAGUUUUUACUACGUCGUGGGUCACACCGGCAUUGGUGUUUAUGACGAUCCGUUCUAUACGGCCUAUAUGGAUUUGAAAGGCAUCAGGGAUUUGUACAAAAUGGACAAGGCGGACAAUCUCGUUAGCAUCGGAGCUAAUCUGCCAUUGCGAGAUGUCAUCGAAGUAUGUCGUAAAUACCGCGACGCGCCUGGUUUUCAACAUCUUCCGGCAUUGGCCGAAAUUAUCAGCAAAACGGCGCAUGUAUCAGUGAGAAAUGUUGGAUCAUGGGGUGGCAAUUUGGCUAUGAAAAACAGGAAAAACGAAUUUCCUUCGGACACGUUUGUAUCAUUUGUAACGGGAAAUGCUACGAUUUAUGUUGGUCCCGAAAAUAAAUCCUGCUCUAUGGAAGAUUUUGUUAAGCUCAACCUAACAGGCAAAUUGAUUUUGCGUGCUGAUUUACCUGCAUUUUCCAAAGAUUACGUCUUUCGAACUUACAAGAUUAUGCCGCGAUACCAGAAUGCUCAUGCUUACGUUAAUGCCGGAUUUCGGGCCAAAGUCGAUCGAAGCCAACCAGGAAAAUUUGUGAUUGCGGAAAAACCAGCGGUAGUGUUUGGCAACAUUUCCGAGCAGUUUAUUCAUGCGGAUGCAACAGAAACAUUUUUAAGCGGCAAAAACAUCGCCGAUGCAGCCAUCUUACAACAAGCCUUGAAAACACUAGCGAAUGAAAUUAAACCAGUCGAUGUGCCGGCAGAAGCCAGUCCAAAAUACAAAGCCUCUCUCAGCUGUUGCUUGUUUUACAAGUUUGUUCUGGAAAUUGUGGGCGACUAUGCCGAUCCAGUCUUUCGUUCCGCCGUUGGGAAUAUUGCACGUCCCCUUUCAUUCGGCACCCAAGCAUUCGACACAAAACAGGAGGAAUGGCCGUUGACUCAACCCAUUCCCAAGAUAGAGUCCCUAGCGCAGCGUACCGGUGAAGCCAAGUACAUUAGUGACGCCUUUGGAAGUCAUAUUCUCCAUGCCGCUUUUGUGUUGACAACAACAGCCAAUGCCACUAUUUUUCGCGUGGACACAGCGCCUGCCUUGGAACUGCCCGGCGUUCGGCAAGUUUUCACAGCCGCGGAUAUUCCUGGCAAAAAUAACGUCAGCCCACCCGCAACUCUGGGGCCCACCGAUCCAGAAGAACUGUUUGCCUCCAAACAGAGUUCCUAUGCGGGACAACCAGUGGCGCUGGUGGUUGCAGAUACUAAAGCGGUAGCGGAAGCGGGAGCAAAGUUGGUAAAGGUCACCUACAGCAACGUGAAAACUCCUAUCCUUUCCUGUCAAGACGCCAUAAGCCAGAAAUCGUUUCAUGGUCAAAUGCAAAGCAUCAUAGUCAGUGAUCCGGAUAAAGCGCUAGCGCAGGCGCCGAAUAAAAUCAGUGGCGAACUGGAGAUUGGUGCUCAAGCGCAUUAUCACAUGGAAACCAUGGUUUCGGUAGCUUAUCCAGAAGAAGACGGUGUCAGCUUGGACGUUGGUACGCAAUGGAUUGACGGUGUGCAAACCGCCGUAUCACAAUGCUUAGCGAUUAAAAAGCAUAAGGUUAAUAUUUCCGUCAAGCGAUGUGGAGGAGGAUUCGGCGCCAAAAUUUUCCGCACUAACCAUAUAUCGGCUGCUACAGCGGUUGCGGCGUUUUUGCUGAAGAAACCUGUCAAGAUGCAUAUGAGCCUCUGGGAUAAUUCCCGCACUAUCGGAAAAAGAUUUCCGUAUUACGGAAAAUAUCAAGUUGGUUUCGAUAAAACGGGGAAAUUGCUAAGCGUUAUUUGUGAUGUAUACAGCAAUACCGGCGCUUUUAAUGCCGGAGCUGCAAUCGGUGGAUGGAAAGCGAGAGCAGAUAAUGCUUAUUUCUGCUCCGCAUGGAAGUUCAACCUUUUUAACUGCAAAACGAAUGUUACACCGAACACCGCAUGUCGAGCUCCAGGGAGUACGGAAGCAAUAUAUUUCAUCGAAUAUAUGAUGGAACAUGUAUCGAAAGUGCUACAAAAGCCAUCCAUCGAAGUGAAAAUGCUGAAUUUCGUGAAAAAUGGCGAUAAGCUGUUGGACGGUUCCACAAUUAAAGACUGCAACAUAAAAGCUAUUACGGAGCAGCUCUUGCAGACAUCGUCAUACAGUGAACGUUUAAAUACUGUUAAGCAAUUUAAUAAGGAGAACCGCUGGCGGAAACGAGGAAUUAACGUGGUUCCCAUGCGUUAUUCGUGCUCUUGGGCACGUCGACAGAUCAACUGUCUGCUAGCUGUUUACCACGGGGACGGUACAGUUGCAGUAACGCACGGCGGAGUGGAAAUUGGACAAGGCAUAAACACCAAAGUGGCGCAAGUUGUUGCGUACGAGCUAGGUAUCGAUAUGAAGUAUAUCGCGAUUAAGGCUAAUGCAUCCCUUACGGACGCCAACGGAACACCGACCGGCGGCAGCAUUACAAGCGAGAUAGCCUGCAUGGCUGCGAUUAGUUGCUGCGAUCAACUAAAAGCUUUGAUGAAGCCGGUAAAAGAUUCUAUGAAGUCUCCAACUUGGGAACAGCUGGUGGAGGAGUGCAACUCCCGGGGAGUCGACCUGACCGCCCGAACACUGGCUGCUCCUCAUCCGCCUGGACUGACAGUUUACAACACCUACGGAGCCAUGUGUACGGAAGUGGAACUGGAUGGUUUAACCGGCCAAUAUCAAAUUAACCGCCUUGAUGUGCUUUAUGACUGUGGUGAAAGCAUGUCGCCAUUGAUAGACGUUGGUCAAAUCGAAGGCGCGGUCAUUAUGGGACUAGGCUACUUCACUUCGGAAGAGAUUAUCUUUGACAAGAAAACUGGGAGCAAUCUGACCUUUGGCACAUGGAAAUACAAACCUCCAACGACAAAAGAUAUUCCUGUGGACUUCCGGAUCACCAUGUUGAAAAACGCUCCAAACCCUAGUGGUGUUUUACGGAGCAAAAUUGUUGCGGAGCCGCCACUGUGUAUGUCGGCAUCUGUCGUGUUUGCUCUGCAAAACGCUAUAUUCGCUCAUCUGAAUGAAAUUCAAAAGGACGACUGGUUCCGCAUUGAUGCUCCUGUUACUGUUGAAAGAACACAGCAGUACUGCAGGAUUGAGAACGAACAAAUGCUACUAAAAAAAUAACCGCUUUCACCUAAUUAAGCAGUGCGGAAUCACACCUAACAUUUAUUUUCAACGCAAAUUGUUUGUGCUUUACCUUAUAUUUUGAUGUUUAUUAUCAUUAGGCGCAUCAGUGCUUCCUUCCUUGCAGCAUUUCGGCUGCGUCCUAGAGAUAUGUAUUUGUGUAACUUUUUCAUUCCGUACUGCUGUAUCUCAGGAAGUUCUCAUUGACCUGAUCAUCCUUAAUAACUUCCAAAUUAUGGGGAUGACAGCAUAACGAGCUUGCAUGCAAAUUAUUUUCGAAGGUUAACUGGAUUAUUUAUUCAUUUUUGCUUAAUCCGGUUCACAGUUCUGCAUGUAAAAUUUUAUGAUCAUGAUGCAAUUUGCGGGAAAAGCGCUUGAUCAUCGUUUCAUAGUCAUCUUAUUGAGCAUAUUUGAUAAUGUCUUGUGGUUGUUGCCUGUUAUAAAGUGGAUCAAUUAGGCUGUCAGCACCCUGCGGUCUGUACAAAAUACGCCUUUCUCGGCUUUUUAUCUUUUCCAAGCUUCGCCAGCGAUGCGGUUAGGUUGACCGCGUA